UUUCGACUCGAGUACUGCCCAAUCGACCGGUUACCACACCCAAAGAGGAGGCAAAAGAAGGAGACAUUGUGCCAAUUGUUCGGCGUCUAAUUUUAGCACAGUCUCUUCUUCUUGUUGACUUUUCAUUGACUUUGAUAACGGGGCGGUAUCGGUCUAACGGCAGAAAUCCCAACAGUCGCUACUACGAAUGAUCUGAAAUUUUCCAAUUCAGGGGUGGGACAUCAUCAAGGACCCCGACUUUUCGUCCGACUUUCUCUUUCGGCGUCUUUGACUUCGGAGCACUUCACACGUUGCUCCGUUGUCUUCUUUGUUUUUUUUUUUUUGUUUCUUUUGAAAGAUAACGAUUGCUCUGGAGUUUACUCCACCUUUACCACCCACAGUCGAAACCCAACCAGUCGAGACACAACCAAAAAUGGAGUUUUCAUCUUCACCGCCAACCACCACCCGACGCAGAGGUUUGGCAUUCGACGAUAUCGAAGACGACGACAUUGUGAGCGAGUCGCCCUAUUUUACACAACCGACACAGAUCAUGGACAAACCUUCCAUACGCCCCAUGUCUGUCGUACCUUCCUCGCCCCGAUCAAUCAUUGAGGUUCCUGCCUCUUCUCCAUUACGACCACAACCAGUUGCCCCGCGAAUUGGCGGUCGAUUGGCAAGCGCGAUGGCUCCACCAGGCACCAGCUUCAAACCCCCAGCGAGUCGAACUGUGUCUACUGCUUCGAAGAAGCGAGAUUUUGUACAGAUAUCAGACGGCGAGUUGGAUGCGCCGAUUUAUGUCGGAGGAGACUCUUCCGACGAGGAUGCCGAGCGAACACGGGGAGACAUUCGACCUUCGUCUUUCCAGCGAAAGGAGCCGAGUAUCAGUGUAUCGACGUCAUCCACUUCACUAGCCUUGAAGGCGCAGGUAGCUGCCAAGUCGAAUCAAAAUACACAAGAAUCAAAUGGCAGCACAUCAAACCGCCACGGCCUACAAAAAGACUGGGCUUCGCUGUCUCCUUCGUCUCCCUCCUCGGAUGAGAGUCUCGAGUCGCUCCGGAAACCGUCCCCACCUAAACAGCCUGCACGACGGAGGCUUGUGCAAGGUCGCCGCCCUGGCCGGCAAGCAAGUCCCGAAAGUUCUCCCGUCAAGCCGGUCGAGAAGCCAAGAAAACAAGCUAAGGUCAUUGAUCUUGUUAGCGACGAUGACGAUCGAGACGAGGACUUUGAUAGUACAAAGGCCAAGGGGCGUCGAUCUUCCCCGCAAGAUGCCGAGGACGACGAAGAUGAGGAGGCUUCAAGCGAGUUUGAUGCCCGAGUCCUCCAGUAUCUCAACACUUGCGACGUAGUGCAACUGGUCGCCAUCGCUGGCGUCAAAGAAGACACUGCGAAAGUCAUGGUUUCCCACCAACCAUUCAAGGACCUGGAGCAUGCUCGCCGAGUCACCCUUGCUCACAAGAAAAAGGGCAAGAAAUCUGCCAAACUCUCUGUGGGAGAUGACAUUGUGUCAGCAGUCAAGUCUUACGCCAAGUCGUUGGAUGCGAUUGACUAUGUUAUCCAAGCCUGUGAGAAACAGGCCCGUGCAAUUAAAGCAUCGACUAGUAAGUGGACGAUGGAUGAAACGGGCCAGAUGAAAAACGAUUCUCAGGCGGAUGAUGGAAAGCCCUUGACACCCAUCAGCAUGGAAGACCCAAAAUUGGUCGACCUGCCCCACCGCCAGCCCAAGUAUAUGGAGGGUCAUUGUACCAUGAAGCCCUUCCAACGGUAUGGGCUAAACUGGAUGCGUCUGUUGCACAAAUUGGACUGCGGUGGAAUUUUGGCAGACGACAUGGGCUUGGGAAAGACAUGCCAAGUCAUCUCACUCAUGUGCUCCGUUGUCGAGGACUACGAGAAGGGGAAAAUGAAAGGCGACCGGCCAUGGCCCAACCUCAUCUUCGUGCCGCCCUCGACUUUGGCCAACUGGGCUGCAGAGUUCAAAAGAUUCGCCCCGGACAUCAAUGUCAUCACAUACCAAGGCCCCCAAGCCACCCGUGAUGACAUUGCGGAGGAGAUCCAAGAUGAUCCGGAAGCCUAUCAUGUUGUUCUAACGAGCUACUCGCAGCUCUCGCGGCCAGACGACAUUUCCAAUCUUCGACGCAUCCAGCCAAAGAUUGCCGUCUUUGACGAAGGUCACAAGAUGAAGAAUCCCAAGACGAAGCUCUACAGGGAUCUGCUACGCAUCACGGCCGACUGGCGGUUGAUUCUGUCGGGCACGCCUGUUCAAAACAACCUCAUGGAAAUGAUUGCCCUCCUGCGCUUUGUGGAACCUAAGCUGUUUUCAGAGCACUUUGAAACGCUGGAGGCGUUGUUCAGCCAAAAGUUCUCUCUGGCGGACGUCUCCAAGGGCGCAAUCUUGGCCAGCGAGCGGGUACCCCGUGCCAGGACCAUUCUCGAGCCAUUUAUCCUCCAACGCCGAAAGGAGCAGGUGCUCCAAGACAUGCCCCAGAAGACGACAAGGGUCGAGUAUUGCAAGAUGGACAAGACACAGGCCAGUAUCUAUGAGGACUAUGCGAGAAGAUUUAGGAAGUCGGCAACAUCUCAAUCUUCUCAGACCGUCGUUGCGGAAAAGGGCAGGGACAAUGAUACCAACAACGUUUGGAUCCAGUUGAGAAAGUCGGCUAUCCAUCCGCAGCUGUUCAGACGCUACUUCAAGGACAAGGAUGUGGAGGAAAUGGCCAAGGUGCUGAUGAAGAGAAUACCACAGUCGGAGCUCAAGCAGCCUAAUCUCGGGCACCUGACGAAUGAACUCAAGGCGCUGUCGGAUUUUGAGCUUCAUUUGUGGUGCAGAGAUUACAAGUGCAUCAGGUCGUUUGACUUGCCAGAUGGGUCCUGGGGAGAGUGUGCCAAGGUGAAGAGCUUGUUGAAGUUGAUUAGGGGGUAUCAGAAGAACGGAGACCGGGCCUUGGUUUUCACGAGGUUUGCCAAGGUUAUUGAGAUUCUGGGAGAAUGCCUGGCUAGUGAAGGGGUGGAGUACCUCAGUCUUCAAGGAAACACUGAUGUCAGCGAGCGACAGGAACUGAUCAACCAGUUCAACGCCGACCCGACGAUCCCGGUGUUCCUGCUAACGACGGGAUCGGGAGGUACCGGUAUCAACCUGACGGCGGCCAACAAAGUCAUCAUUUUUGAUCAGAGCGACAAUCCGCAAGACGAUAUUCAGGCGGAGAAUCGGGCGCAUCGUUUGGGUCAGACGAGGCCGGUUGAGAUUGUCAGGUUGAUUAGCGAGGGGACGGUGGAGGAGCUGGUUUACAAGGCGUGCCAGAAGAAGCUGGAGCUCGCGAAUAAGGUGACGGGCUGGAGCGCUGGACUGGAUGCGGCGGCUGGAUUGGAGAUGACUUCUGGACAGAUGGAGGCAGAGGUGAAGGAGAUGAUGAAGAAGGGGGGGACGCCCCCAAGUAGUGAUUAG